CGCAAAAACGGCAGCCGCCAGUCACAGCGCAAGGCGGGGCAUUUUGACCCAACAGCAAAAAAAAAGUCGAACAAUCCUUUCAAGAACGCCAGCGACAGUAUCAACCCUCGAGUGAAGAUCUCCCAACGUAAAGCGCUCCCACGGGGAAGAACCGCCGAGCCUACCACCCAGCAUGGCGCCUUCAUUUGAUCAUCUGCGCGAUGCAGAGUUCGACGAGGACGACUACGACGAGGAUGAGGUUGACAUCUCCGACCUAAAGGAGAAAUACGAAGUCCAGCUGGAACAUGGAUACGAUUCAUUCGUCGUCAUCGAUGGACUGCCCGAGGUCACAGAGGAACAGAAACCGAAGCUGGUCAAGUUCUUGCUCAAGAAGCUGAAUAGUGUGGGGAAGGCGAAGGAGGAGAAUGUCUACAUGCCCAUGGGUGAGGAUGGCAAGUCGAUGAGGUUCUCCUUUGUCGAAUUCGCUUCUCCUGCCGAAGCCGCCGCCGCUGUGCGACAACUCGAUAUGGUGCCCCUCGACAAGAAGCACACCCUCCGUGUCAACAAGAUGACCGACAUCGACCGCUACGGCCGAGAAGGAAGAGUCGAUGAGACCUACGAGCCGCCCAAGAUGGAGGAGUUCACCGAGAAGGAGCAUUUGCGCUGGUUCUUGGCCGAUCCCAGUGGACGCGGCCGUGAUCAGUUCGUCAUGUACCGCGGUGACUCUGUCGCUGUCUGCUGGAACAACGAAAGGGACACGCCCGAUCCCAUCGUUGAUCGCGAUCACUGGACCGAAAUGUUUGUACAGUGGUCGCCUUUGGGCACCUACCUGACCUCUGUGCAUGCGCAAGGUGUACAGCUGUGGGGUGGUCCUCAGUGGACCCGACAAAAGCGAUUCGCGCAUCCUUUCGUGAACAUGCUCGACUUUUCCCCCAAUGAGAAAUAUGUCGUCACAUGGUCCAACCGACCCAUCGCCAUCCCCGAGGAGGGUCACCCCCAGCUUUCUCUCGAUGAAGACGGCAAGAACUAUGUCAUCUGGGAUGUCGAGACCGCCAAGCCCCUCCGAUCUUUCGCCAACUUGGACCUACCUCCCCAGAGCACGGACGGCCCCGUCAAGCCGGCGCCCAAAUUUCCAUGGCCUGCUUUCAAGUGGUCAGCGGAUGACAACUACGUUGCCCGACUCACCCACGGCCAGUCUAUUUCCGUGUAUGAGCUGCCCAGCAUGAAGCUGCUUGACAAGACCACCAUCAAGAUCGAGGGCGUCAUGGACUUCGAGUGGGCGCCUGCCACGGUACAAAGAGAAGGGGUCAAGGUGCAUGAACAGUUGUUCUGCUAUUGGACCCCAGAGAUGGGCAGCAACCCGGCAAAGGUCGGCUUGAUGGCUAUCCCUUCCAAGGAGAUUGUCCGGUCUCUUAAUCUCUUCAGCGUUAGUGACGUGAAGCUGCAUUGGCAGACCGAGGCCACUUACCUGGCUGUCAAGGUCGAUCGUCACUCCAAGUCUAAGAAGUCCCUCGCCACCACCCUCGAGAUCUUCCGCAUCAGGGAGAAGGGCGUCCCGGUUGAAAUCGUGGACACCAUCAAGGACACUGUUAUCAACUUUGCUUGGGAGCCCAAAGGCGACCGCUUCUGCAUAAUCACCACGACAGAGCCUGUAGGCCCCACAGCCGUUCCACCAAAGACGUCGGUAGCAUUCUUUUGCCCCGAGAAGGCCAAGGCCCCCGCCGUCGGCAACUUCAAGCAUCUCCGUACGCUCGAGAAGAAGAACCACAACAGCAUCUACUGGUCGCCGCGUGGUCGCUUCGUUGUCGUGGCUACCGUUGCCAACCAGCAGAGCUCUGACCUCGAGUUUUACGAUCUCGACUUCGAGGGCGAGAAGCCUGAAGCAGAGAAGGACCUCACGGCAAACCUGCAACUUAUGAACAUCGGAGACCACUACGGUGUAACUGACGUUGCAUGGGAUCCCUCGGGCCGCUUUGUCGCCUCCUGGGCCAGCGCGUGGAAGCACUCUAUGGAAAACGGCUUCCACAUCUACGAUUUCAAGGGCGAGGCGCUGCGCGAGGAUGCUAUCGAAAAGUUUAAGCAAUUUUCGUGGAGGCCGCGGCCUGCCACUCUUCUCACCAAGGACGAGCAGAAGCAGAUCCGCAAGAACCUGCGCGAGUACAGCCGACAAUUCGAGCAAGACGAUGCUGAGCGUGGUGCGUCUGCUGACCGAGAAGUGGUCGAGGCAAGACGGCGGAUGCUUGAGGAGUGGCUCGCCUGGAGAGCAAACGUGGAAGAGGAGAUUGAGGAGGAACGUCUCGACCGCGGAUUGCCCGCGAAGCCUGGACCGGAAGCGGAAGAGGUCUCUGGCGAGGAACGUAAGGGCGAGGUCAUUGAAGAGAUAGUCGAGGAAGUACUCGAAGAGUCCGAGGAGAUUGUCGCUUAGAUCGGGUUGCAUUUGGGUCGACCACAUGACGACGGCGAAAACGGAUUUCGCCACACUAGAACGGGACGGCAGGAAGCGGCGUCCAUGUAUGGCAUAUAAUGACUUCUUCCCAGGUGGCAUAAAAUGGCAUCAAUCACAAGUUCUUACUGUUACGCCGGCGUUCACUGUAUGACUUUAUGUUCUGUACGAUUUCCAACUUUGUGAGUGAUGUCGAUCAGGCGAUGGGUGUUGUCGUUGGAGUUGAGGCGUCUUUAGAUGCCAAGCAGGUGGUACAUACAGAUAAAAGCCCCAUGUAUGACGUUUAUCAAGUGUUAU